AUGGAGGAGCUUGAGCGCCUCUCGCUAGUGUCAAGAGUAUGCGUUGAACUUGACAAUCACUUUGGGUUGGCAGAUAAGGAUGUGGCAGAAUUCAUCAUAUAUUUGGCCACUGAAAAUCCAACUUUCGAGAAAUUCAAAAAAUCAAUUAUGAAAGAAGGAUUAGCUGAUCAGUUUGAUGAUUCUUUGUUAACCAAUCUCCUUCGCAUUAUACAACAUAUGCAAUUAAAAAAGAAAGAUAUCGCAAACGCAAAGACUCUUUCGGAUGAUAAGGAAUUGCUUCGUGAAACACUUCCAGCUCUUGCAAUGCCGAAUGUCGAUGCAAAUAAACUCAUGACUGAACUAGAGAGUUUACAGCCAAAGUGGAAGGAAACAAAAGUCCGUGCAAAAAUUAAAGAUAAAUCGGAUAAGAAAGAAAGAAGCGGUCAUCGGUCAAGAAGUACAGACACUGGAAAAAGGAAGCGUCAUUUCUCUGAUGAUAGAAAAGAUAGGCAUUCGCAUGACCGAAGAUAUGAGCGAAGUUCCACUGAAAGGGAUCGAAAAAGGAAGCGAAGUGGAGAGCGAAGUCCCGCUGAGAAGGAUCGAAGAAGAAAGCGAAGUGGGGAACGGGGUGAAAAACAAGAUGAACCGUCGUCAAGACGACAUCGUAGGAGUGGAUCACAUUCUUUUGAAAAUGGGAGAAGGAGGCGAAUCAGUCUCGCCCCAGUUGUUGGUGACAUUUACAAUGGCCGAGUGACAAGCAUCCAAAGUUUUGGAGCCUUUGUGCAAUUAGAGGGCUUACGUCAGCGCUUCGAGGGUCUUCUGCACAUAUCUCAAAUCAGACAGGACCGAGUAAAUGCCGUGUCUGAUGUGUUAAAUCGAAAUCAGAAGAUCAAAGUUAAGGUCAUUAAAUUCGAAUUAGGAAAGAUCGGUUUGUCGAUGAAAGAAGUUGACCAGGAAACAGGGGAAGACCUUAACCCUCAUGAGCUUGCGCCAGUUGGAGAUGUUAUUCGUCCACCUCGCAAUCCUGAAGCGCCAUGGAUGGAUCCUUCAACUUCUCGCAAUCCGGACGAUGUUUCUGUUACUCAGUCGAAAAGUGUGACUAAAAGUCGUGUUCGUUUAACGACUCCUGAAAGAUGGGAGUUAAGGCAAAUGCAAGGCGGGGGAGCGAUUACUAAUGCCGAUUUGCCUGAUUUUGAUGAAGAACUUGGUGUUCUCAGGAAUUAUGAUGAAGAAAGUGAUGGUGAAGAUAUCGAAAUAGAAAUUGUUGAGGAAGAGCCAGAAUUCUUACGCGGUUACGGAAAAUGCAUGUUAGAUCUCGAACCAGUAAAAGUUGUGAAAAAUCCGGACGGAAGCUUGGCACAAGCAGCUUUAAUGCAGAGUGCACUUGCAAAAGAACGGCGAGACCAAAAACUGCAAGCGCAGCGUGAGCAGGAAUCUCAUUCUCAACGUAAUGGUCUUUCGUCCACUGCCAGAAUCAAUGAUCCUAUGGCAGAAUUAUCUGUUCAUUCCUCAGUAGAUACUUCUGGACCAAGCCAAAGGCAGAAGGAAAUGCCGGAAUGGCUGAGACAUGUGACUGCCGGUGGAAAAGCAACGUAUGGGAAACGAACGAAUAUGUCACUUAGAGAACAGCGCGAAUCGCUCCCAAUUUUUGCAUUGAAGAAAGCGCUUCUAGAAGCAGUUGCUGCGCAGAAUAUUUUGAUUGUUAUUGGUGAAACCGGAUCCGGGAAGACGACUCAGAUUACUCAGUACAUGGUUGAAGUUGGCUAUGCUGCUCGUGGCAGGAUUGGAUGUACCCAACCGAGGCAAGCUAAAAUAAUUCUAUCAUUUUACGAUCAGCUCAAGCGAGUAGCUGCGAUGUCUGUUGCGAAACGUGUUGCUGAAGAAAUGGGUUGUAGACUUGGUUCUGAAGUUGGUUAUACUAUUCGAUUCGAAGAUUGUACAAGCCAAGAUACUGUAGUGAAAUACAUGACGGAUGGUAUGUUGCUUAGAGAAUGCUUGUUGGACCCAGAUUUAACAUCUUAUUCGAUAAUAAUGUUGGACGAAGCUCACGAAAGAACUAUCCAUACUGAUGUUUUAUUUGGACUUCUGAAAGCUGCAGUGAAAAAACGACCGGAACUCAAGCUAAUUGUUACUAGUGCCACACUGGACGCAGUCAAAUUCUCAGAAUAUUUUUAUGAAGCCCCCAUAUUUACAAUACCUGGUAGAACGUUCCCUGUUGAAAUCCUCUAUACACGUGAACCAGAAACGGAUUAUUUGGACGCUGCACACAUAACUGUCAUGCAAAUCCAUCUUACCGAACCUCCGGGCGACGUCCUUGUAUUUCUUACUGGACAGGAAGAAAUUGAUACUUCUUGCGAAGUUUUGUACGAGAGAAUGAAAAGUCUUGGUCCAGAUGUGCCUGAAUUGAUAAUUUUACCCGUAUAUGGUGCGCUGCCGAGCGAAAUGCAAACACGGAUAUUUGAACCUGCACCACCAGGCAGCCGAAAAGUGGUAAUUGCAACUAAUAUUGCCGAAACUUCAUUGACGAUAGAUGGAAUCUAUUAUGUGGUUGAUCCAGGUUUUGUGAAACAAAAAAUAUACAAUCCAAAAAGCGGUAUGGAUUCGUUAGUGGUUACACCAAUUUCCCAAGCACAAGCGAAGCAGAGAGCCGGUCGAGCAGGUCGUACAGGCCCUGGCAAAUGUUACAGACUUUAUACAGAAAGGGCUUAUAGGGAUGAGAUGUUGCCGACACCUGUACCUGAAAUACAGCGUACAAAUCUUGCAUCAACAUUGUUGCAGCUAAAAGCUAUGGGAAUCAACAAUUUAAUUGAUUUUGAUUUUAUGGACGCACCGCCAGUAGAAGCUAUGAUUACAGCUCUAACACAGUUGCACACUUUAAGUGCUCUUGACAACGAUGGACUGUUGACUAGACUUGGCAGAAGGAUGGCAGAAUUUCCAUUAGAACCUAGUUUGGCCAAGCUGUUGAUCAUGUCGGUGGAUUUAUGUUGUUCAGAUGAAGUGCUCACUAUUGUUUCAAUGUUGUCAGUGCAAAAUGUUUUUUACAGACCAAAGGACAAACAAGAAAUAGCAGACCAGAAAAAGGCGAAAUUUCAUCAACCAGAAGGUGAUCACUUAACACUGUUAGCUGUUUACAAUUCGUGGAAGCUUCAUCACUUUUCCCAGCCGUGGUGCUAUGAAAAUUUUAUCCAAAUUCGAACUUUAAAAAGAGCACAGGAUAUUCGGAAACAGUUACUUAGUAUCAUGGAUAGACAUAAGCUGAACACAAUAAGUUGUGGUCGAGAUGUACAACGCAUACAGAAAGCUAUAUGCUCAGGAUUUUUUCGAAAUGCAGCUAAACGAGAUCCACAGGAAGGUUAUCGAACAAUCGUGGACGGCCAAAAUGUUUAUAUUCAUCCUUCUAGUUCCUUAUUUCAAAACCAGCCUGAAUGGGUUGUUUAUCAUGAGCUUGUAAUGACAACAAAAGAAUACAUGCGUGAGGUAACUGCUAUUGAACCAAAAUGGCUAGUAGAAUUUGCGCCGUCCUUCUUCAAAAUGGGUGAUAAUACGAAAUUAUCAGCAUUUAAAAAGAACCAGACGAUUAAUCCUUUGUAUAAUAAGUAUGAAGAUCCAAAUGCUUGGCGUAUCACGCGAUUGAAGAAGAAGAUCUACAAUCCAAACCGAUAA